AUGCCCGAAACAGAGAACUUCCAUUCUAUAGUAAGGAACAAGGAAAAGGUUGCGAGUAGAGUCCCUCAUGCCGUGGGAUCACCUUUGAAAGAAAACUUUAAAAACGGAGAAGCUUUACACAAGCAAAUACCAGACGAAAGUCUCCAGAAAAACGCUAAGAAAGAUAAAUCAGGGAAUGAGAACUCUAAAAGAUUUCGUGUUAUCAUGGAAUGCGAGCUACACAUUGGCACAUUGUGUAUAUUCGAUGCUGAGGAAUACUGGACUACGGAAAUGAUUAAUAAGAUUGGCUGUCCUCAUAGAGGAGAAGCUUCCAACAAAUAUAAAAAGUCAUUAUAG